AUGCAUUCAGUGGAGGAAAUAAAUCCAAGGACAUAUAACCCAAAUGUCUAUUUCAGCAGUUUAAACCAACCUCAACAUAGUUUUAAGGUCUCGAAACAAUCGCAAGCAACAGCAAGGAACAAAAGAGUAAACUAUUCAUUAGCAGAUUUAGAAGCGAGGAUAUACAACCAGCCAAAAGGAAGCGACCAGGAUGAUGUGAGUCAACUAAGGGGUUCAGAGAAACAUGCCUUGCCUGAUCUCCUACGGUCUACAAAACGAUUUAUGGAGCUAGAUACAGAAAAUUACCAAGAUAUACGUGAAGUUCCGACUUUAUUAAGUAAUAUAACAGGCCUUAAUAAAGAUAAAAUUGAUCAAACCAAUACUGGUAUUUUAUCGGAAUUACAAGGUGGUUCUAAUUCUUCAAGGCAGAGGAUAGCAAAAUUCGAUUUGCCCAAAUCUCUAAACCUACUCUAUAAAUCAAGCAAACCUCCAAAAAAGCCAAAAAAGAGCACAAACAGAAUAUCUGCCCUAAGGAAAGUACUUUCAAGCAGGCGAUCUCUUCAUUCGUAUCUAGAAACACUUGAUCAAGUUAACCAUACCUUGAUAUACGGUAAUGUCCAGAAUAAAAAGUUUUUCCGAGUUUUACCCAUGAUUAUUACUUGUUCCAUCUGUGGUGGUUAUUCCAGUAUAUCUAAUUGUGUUGUCUGCCAUGAUAAAAUAUGUAGUCUUCGCUGUUACGAAUUGCAUAACGAAACUAGAUGCAAGAACCGCUAA